UUGUUUGUUUUUUUGCCUGAGGAACAAGUGCCAAGUCUUCACAUCCAGAACAGAACAUGUUCCUCCUGCUGCUAAUUUUGAGCCUGGAACUACAGCUUCAUCAGACAACAGCUUUAUUCAGAGUGAUGGCCCCUCAGGAACUGUACACAGUAGAACAUGGCGACAACGUGACCCUGGAGUGUGAUUUUUACGGAGAUGAUCUGGAAGUGGAACAUGUAGAAGCCAGUUUGCAAAAGAUGGACAGCAAUGUGUCCUCGCACAGCGCCACCCUGCUGAAGGAGCACCUGCCCCUGAGGAAGGCCUUGUUCCACUUCCCCCGGGUCCAGCUGAGCGACGCAGGCAAGUACCGCUGCGUGAUCAUCUACAGGAGCUCCUGGGACUACAAGUACCUGACUCUCAAAGUCAAAGCUUCCUACAAGAAAAUAAACACUCGCACCCUUCAGGUGCCAGGGACAGAUGAGGUAGAGCUCAUCUGCCAGGCUGAAGGUUAUCCCCUGGCAGAAGUAUCCUGGCCAAAUAUCAAUGUUUCUGCCAACACAAGCCACAUGGAGACUUCUGAGGGCCUCUACCAGGUCACUAGUGUUCUGCGCCUAAAGCCACUCCCUGGCAGGAACUUCAGCUGUGAGUUCUGGAAUGCCAAUGUGAAGGAACUUACUUCGGCUAUCAUUGACCUUCAAGGUGAGAUGAAACCUAAGGUCCCUCCAACUUUGCUGCUUCAUAUUAUCACCCCUUUCUUCGUCAUUGUUUUAAUAUUCAUAGUUACAGUGAUAAUCCUAAAAAAACAACUCUGCCGAAAGCUUUAUUCAAGAAAAGACACAACAAUAAGAUAUGUCACCACAAACAGGAGGGAAGUGAACAGAGUUUUGAAUAGUCAUGAUUUUUCUUGUUCACUUCUUUUUCUCUCCCAGCUUAAAUUAAGAAAGAGCCACUGUUCUAUUAAUGCAAAAAGGAUAACUGAAUAG